AUGGUCAAGACCUCCGUCCUCAACGAUGCGCUUAACGCCAUCAACAACGCCGAGAAGGCUGGCAAGCGCCAGGUCCUGAUCCGCCCCUCCUCCAAGGUCAUCGUCAAGUUCCUCUCUGUCAUGCAGAAGCACGGCUACAUUGGCGAGUUCGAGGAGGUUGACGACCACCGCUCCGGCAAGAUCGUCAUCCAGCUCAACGGCCGUCUCAACAAGUGCGGUGUCAUCAACCCCCGCUACCCCGUUCAGCUCCGUGACCUCGAGACCUGGGCCACCCAGCUCCUUCCCUCUCGUCAGUUCGGUUACGUCGUCCUGACCACCUCCGCUGGUAUCAUGGACCACGAGGAGGCUCGUCGCAAGCACGUUGCCGGCAAGCUCCUCGGCUUCUUCUACUAG